AUGGAAGCACAAAGCCAACCACAGAAUACUGCCUCUGUUACUGAAACACGUGUGAUCACCAUCUGUGAGAGUGAAUUGCUGGAAACAGGUCGUCUCAAGAAACACUGUGUUGCUGACACACUGGGAACAGGUGAUCUCCAGCAACACAAAGAUCGUGGUGGUCCUUCAAAGCGAUCACAGUGUGGAAAGUGUGGGGCAACAUUUAUUAAAUCAGGUGCCAUGAAAAGGCACAUGCUUUGUCACAGUGAAGUCAAGCUUCAUCAGUGUGAUGAAUGUGGGAAAGGAUUUACUCAAUCAUGCAGCCUGAAGGCACACAUGUGCAUUCACAGUGAAAUCAAGCCUGAUCAGUGCACUGUGUGUGAAAAAACAUUUACACUAUCAGAUGCCCUGCAGAGACACAUGCGAAUUCACACUGGAAUCAAGCCUUAUCAGUGUGUUGAAUGUGGGAAGAGAUUUACACAGUCAGGUAACCUGCAGUCACACAUGAGGGUUCACAGUGGAAUCAAGCCGUAUCAGUGUGUUGAAUGUGGGAAAGGAUUUAAACAUUCACAUCAGCUGCAGUCUCAUAUGAGGAUUCACAGUGGAAUCAAGCCGUAUCAGUGUGUUGAAUGUGGGAAAGGAUUUACACAAUCAUGUAACCUGCAGACCCACAUGAGGGUUCACAGUGGAAUCAAGCCUUAUCAGUGCAUUGUGUGUGAAAAAACAUUUACACUAUCAGAUGCCCUGCAGAGACACAUGCGAAUUCACACUGGAAUCAAGCCGUAUCAGUGUGUUGAAUGUGGGAAACGAUUUACACAUUCAGGUAGCCUGCAGUCACACAUGAGGGUUCACAGUGGAAUCAAGCCGUAUCAGUGUGUUGAAUGUGGGAAAGGAUUUACACAGGCAGGUAGCCUGAAGUCACACAUGAGGAUUCACAGUGGAAUCAAGCCGUAUCAGUGUGCUGAAUGUGGGAAAGGAUUUACACAGGCAGGUAACCUGCAGAGACACAUGAGGGUUCACAGUGGAAUCAAGCCGUAUCGGUUGAUCGAAUUGUCUGGAUUGUAAUCUCAUAAGUGAAUGAGUGUGCAAAACAACUGAUAAAGGAUAAAUCAACAGACGUGUUAUCGGGUAAUCCUUUAAUCCAUGCAUGGGCUACCGACACCUAGAGAUUGGUGUAUUCCAUCUGCUCUACAUAACUACAGAUAUAGUGGGGUCAAGAUUAGACUUUCUCCAUUUAUAUACAAAUUAUUAUCAUUUGAAAAUAAAUAUCUUCAAGAAGGUGGGUAGCUCAGAUG